AUGGCUCCGACGGACGGGUUCGACGAGGAGACCACGCUGGGGGAUAUCCUCAGCGCGGGUCCCCAGCCCACGAUCGAGAAGGGCGUCACCAAAUCCCCCACGAGAAAGGCGCUCCAACAGGCUGCGCAGCGCAAGGAGGCCGCCCUUCGAAGGGUGCUCGCCGCGCAGACGAGGAGAGGGUACGUCGCCGAUCACCUGGUCCACCCGGUGUGUCACGGCGUGCUUCGCAGGCAGGACAGCACCGGCGAGCAGCUCAGACUCGCCCUGGAGAUCAUCAAACGCGCCAACUGCCCCCCGGAGAGCGAACGCGCGCUCGCGGACGCCAUACGCGCCGGUUUAGCCACGAGGCUCGACCAGUCCCCGAGCGGCGACGACGACAGGGCGGCCCCGACGGUGAGGCUCGAGGCGCACCUUCGGCUUCUCGCGCACGCCCCGCCCCGCCUCGCCGCGGCCAUCCUGUGGGCCGACAGGCGCAGGCUCAUGGCCUACAUCGGCAGGGACUCGCACACGCACGGCGUCAACCCCGGGUCCAGGGCGGCGGCGCUCGCGGCGUUUGGUCGAUGCCUCUCGCGCGCGGCGGCGCUCAACUCGAUCAACGCGUCCGCCCCCGCGGGUGCGGACGCGACGGGCGCGUGCGGUGAGGGCGCGCUGUUCGCCAGGGCCGCGUGGCACAAGAUCCUCGGCGUCGUCUCCGGGGCGAGCGGCGAGGGAGGGGGGAUCGAUCCUCGGGUGGUAGCCGCGGCUUUCAACGCGUGCGCGCUGCUGCUCGGUCCCGCGCUGGACGGAUGCCACCCGACGCUCCCGCGGCUCCUCGCCGCGCACGGCCCGACGGUGAGCGACUUUGGCGGGUACAGCGGGACCGUGGGCGUCGGCGACGGCGGCGGCGGGUUCGAGCGAAGCGAGAACGGGGACGGGGGCGCCGCGGGAGGCAUCGCGACAUCCGCAGACGGGGACGAUCCGCGGGGGAUAUCGUGCCCGCUCCUGGCGACGCUUCGGCUCGAGGCGGCGUGCCAUCUCGUGUCCAGGGCGGCGGGGGUGGCGGCUCAAGCGAACGGUUUACCGCUGGAGAUGCGGGCCGUCGCCGUGGGGGCGCUCAUCUCGGCGACGUGCGCGGCGCUGGAGCUUCCGCCGCCAAAGGAGAAGGAUGAGAACAAAAACCCAGACGACGAGGACGAGGACGAGGACGAGGACCGAGCCCGGGGCGCGCCGGCGGCUCCACCGAACGAGUCCGCGCUGGUCCGCCUGAGGGACGCGGGGCGCACCGCGCUCCCGGACGUGUCGGGGGGUCUCGUCGACGACCUCCCGGCGCUGUGGGAGAUGGGACUGAGGGCCGCGCACGCAAUCGGGGAGGGGACUCUCCGGCCGACGCUGGGCUCGGGACCCAAAGAGCUCUCAUACGCCGCGGGAAUCGGCCUCCUGGCGCUGUCGGGUUCGCUCCCGCAGAAGGCUCAGCCCCUGGACUGGGCAUCCGCCGCGUGCGAUGCGCUGCUGACGGUGUACGACGCGGUACCCGCGGUGAACGGGGACGCGGAGUGGCGGGAGUUGGUGGCGUCGGAGGCGCGAGAAGCGUCCAAUCCGAAACCCAAGGGUGCGGCAGUCGACCACUCACUCUCGGACCACUCGUCGGUGCAGGCACUUCCGCAGGGAUGUGGCGCGGGGUCCGCGGUGGCGCCCAUGUCCAAGGCGUCCAUCUCGUUCGCCAUCGCCAACGCCCUGCCGUCCAUGCCGAUAUCCCAGCCCCUGCAGGUCAUUCGCCAGUUGGUGGCGAGGUGUCGGCAUGGACUGGCCGAGCGACCGGACCUUCGCGUCGCCGUCCUCGCCAGGGUUCUCUCCACCCACGCGCGCAUGCGAACGCACCCGGAGGCGAUCAUCGUGAUGUCUCCGCUCGGGGAGAUCAUCGCGUCGUACCUGGACGAUGACGACGGGCCGCAGAGGGCAGCGGCGGCGGCGGCGGCGGCGGUGAAGGCUGCAGAGGAGACCGCGGCGAACGAGAAGAAGGAGAAGACUGGGUACUUUGGGGGUUCGAGCAAAAAACCGGCGGACGACGGCGGCGCCCUGGAUAGGCUGCGGGCGGAAGCGGCGAGGGCCGCCGCCGCGGCGGAUGCGGUGCAGUUCCGCGAGGAGAUCGUCGUCUGCGGCGUGGAGGCUAUCCUCAGUCUGCGACCGACGGAGGAGGAGGCAUCCGGGUGGUGCACCGUCGCUCUGGAAGCCGCCGCUUCGCUCCAUCUGGUUCCGUUCUGGCGGUGCAACGGUCGGAGGGCCGCCGCGGAUGCGGUGCUGCGCCUGAUUGCGCGGCUGUGCGCGGUGAGCAAGUACCAGGCGAGCCUGAACAAGAAACCCGAGGCGGCGGGGACGCACCAGGCUGCGCUGCGCGUUCUAUCCGCGCUCGUCGAGGAGGCCACCGUGGCGUCCAAGGGUGGCAGGGGCGCGAGGCCCAGGCUCGACGACGGGACGACGGCGGCGACGGCGUGGCUCGCGGCUAGGUACCUCGACUUUCCAACCUCGGGCGUCGCCGCCAUGGGCGCACCUGGCGGACCGAUGGGUAAGCUGGUGGGCGCGAUGGUGUCCAAGAUGUGCGCGGGGGGUGCCGGCGCGGCUUCCGACGACGUCGCCAACGCGUCGGCGCAACAGUCGCUCGGGACGAUGCGCCACCCGAACGAUUCCUCGCACUACAAGAACGAGGCUGGGUACGUGGCGUCCCAGGCGAUAGCCGCCGUGGGAGUCUCGUGCGUGGACAUCAUGGCGAGGAGGUGCCCGCCGCUCGUGCCCCAGCUCGGGGCGAUGCUCGGCGGUUUGCUGACCAGCCCCGACGGCGCCCCGGAGCGAAUGGGACACGCCGCGCACGCUCGGGCCAAGAGCCUCCACAAGAGGUUCACAGCUGGCAUCGGCGAGGGGGGCGACGCGUCGAGUUCCGAUCGCACUGCGGUUCAAUCGCCCGUCCCCGACGCGCCGCCGGACCUGUUCCCGCCUUCCGUGCCCCCGCCGCCGCUGAUGAUGUCGCACCUCGCGCGGCUCGAGGUGAUGGACGAGCUAGCCGGGCGAUACUUCAGCAGGGACCGACUCGGCCGCGCCGCCGCCGCGGAUGAGGACUGGCGCCUCGCCGCCGCCGCUUACCGUUCCCUACACGGCGCAUCCGCCGAGCCCGUCGGGUUCACGAACCGCGCGGAUAGAUCACCAGCGUCCACGAAGAACGAGCCGGGUGGGACCGGUAGUAACAAGUCGAUGGGACCCCGCCCCGAGGCGGACCGCGCGCCCCUCACGGGCACUUCCGACCCGUGCUGGAUCGAGGCUUCGCACCAGGCGAUGCCAACCUCCCGGACGCUCACCGUGUCCCUACGAUGCCGACCCGCGCCGGCGUCCAACGCGCCCAACGCGCAGGGAGCCGCCGUGGCGUCGCUCGCGGGGACCAUGACGGUGGGUCUGCACGGCGCGGCCACGUUCGCGGAUGGAGUCGGCGCCGUCGUCGCUCAACUCGGCUCGGCGCGACUCAAGAGCCGGAGCCAUCAAACGUCCGGCCCGACGUACCGGGGCCGCGGGCACGCGGUGCAGACGUACGGAAGCGGGAGCGAGGAGGAGACGACGGUGACGGUGGACGUGCGCGUGUUCAAGUUCGAUCGCGUUGCCUUACGCCCCGUGGUGGCGUACGACGACGGGCGGAGCUCGCUGAGAGCGCAGGCGUACGAGAUUCCCCUCACGGAACUUCUCGUCCCGACGAAAAUGUCCCUGCCCGCGUUUGACCGGAUCUGGUCCGCCCUGCCAGCCACGCACUCGCGCGCGGCAAAGGUCCACCACCACAUACAUAUGGGGCGCAAAGGAGGCCCACAGUCGCAUCAUCGUUCGCAUCCGCUGCGAACCGCGGUGCGGGCGCUGUGGGGCGAGCUGGCGCCCGCGGUGGCUUCACUGGACGACGCGUUUGACUCGGACCUCUCGCGCUCGCGGCACGUCCCGUUGGCCCACUGCGGCGGGUACCCGCUCGUGGCGGCCGGCGCCGCGUGCGAGUGUUUCGCCGCGUGCACGUGGCAGGGUGAUUAUUUGCUGCUGUGCGCGUUCGCCGCGGUGGGAGGCGUGAGGCUCGAGUAUCGCGCGCGAGAUGAGGAGACGCUUCGACCAAUCGCGUCCAAUCACGCGGAUUGGUUGCGGUGGCUGACGGGGGACGUGCUUCGGGAGGUGGAGGACGGGGACGUGGGCGACGACGAACUGUUCGGGCACGAGAAGGCGCUGAGCGAGUCGGACAUGGCGUCGGGACCGAGCGAUGCGCCGCACGGGCUCAUAAGGUUGGAUGAUUCGGUGUUGCAGGAAUGGCGGAGUCUCGCCGCGUGA